ACGUCACCAGAGGUGAAUACACAACCGAAAGUGAGAGAAGUUUCUCAUUUACGUUUGUUUGCCAAAGUGAUUGAUUAUUCUUAGUGUUAAUCAAACCAGAGCACAGAGAAGAUUGUUUGGAAUGUUAUAGUAAUUUACAGGCAUUCUUCAUAAACUUCUUAUUUGAAGAAUGUGGUUAAAGUUUUGGAUAAUCGCCUUGUCGAUUGGCUCACUUGUGAUUGCCGAAGACGAAAUUAAAAAAGCUGCUGAAGAAACCGGUUCAGAUAUCGAAGCAGCUGAAGAAGAAAUCCAAGAUGAAUCAGAAACCACUAUUGAUAAAGUAGAGACUUUCAGUGCUGAUAUCAAUUUCAAUUCGUGGAGUGAACUCUAUGACUAUUUAAAGGAAAUUGAAGAAGCCACAAGUGAGACUUCAGAAGAUGCAGUUGAACCUGCAGUGCAGCUUCAAUUGAUGACUGAUGGAGAUGCCUUGACUUUGGAUGGAGAAAACAAUGAAGAGGGAGACCCUGUUGUUGUUCAUGGGACAAUCGGUGAAGUGAUACACGAAGUCCCUGCUCCUGAUCUUAGUAAAAGUGAAGUACUAAUUGGUGAUGAGGAAGAUGCUCAAAAGCCAGAUAAACCUAGGAUCAUCACUACAAAAGCUGAUUGGACUUUUAUCCAACAUACUUUAAAAAAAUUGGAUGAAAAAGAGGCUCUUGUAACUAUGAAACCUAAGCAAGAAGAUGAGAUUUCAGAUGAAGAGCUUACUGAGGAUGAAAGAAAAGGCAAGGAAAUCUUUGAAAAGGGGAAACAAAUCACCACUUUGACCCGAACUAACCGCAAACUGGCCCACAACUUGUUCGUGGAAGCUGCCGAACUGGGCUACAUUCCUGCGAAAGAACGCGUUGCGUGGUCUCAAUUGCUGGGAUCCAACUCGCUUGAAGAACUUCCUACUGCAAGGAAAACUUUUGAAGAGCUUGCAAAUCUUGGGAGACCAGAUUCUCAAACGGCUAUGGGAUUUUUAUAUGCUACUGGUUUAGGUGGCCUGGAACCCAAUGGAGCGAAAGCCCUUCUGUACUACACAUUCGGUGCUAUCGGGGGAUCAUCUUGGGCUCAAAUGGCUUUGGCAUACCGUUAUUGGUCUGGAAUCGGCGUAACGCCUAGUUGUGAGAAAGCUCUGGAUUUUUACCGUCGAGUUGCGAAUGGAGUGGCUGACGAAUUAACUCUCUCGGGUGGCACAGCAGUUCAUCGUCUACGUCUGCAUGAUGAAGCAGAGAAUCCAGGUCAAUCAUCCGGCGUCCUUGAUUCCGAUCUCAUCAGUUAUUACCAGCUUCAGGCAGAAAAAGGAGAUGUGAAAGCACAGCUCGGGCUGGGACAACUGCAUUAUCAGGGAGGUAGAGGUGUGGAGCAGGAUCACCAACGAGCGUUGAACUACUUUUUACGGGCCGCCGACGCAGGUGAUGCCCAUGCUAUGGCUUUCCUCGGCAAGAUGUAUCUGGAAGGAAGUGAAGCUGUACCCCAAGAUAAUGCUACAGCUUUUCAGUACUUCAAGGCAGCAGCUGAGCGUAACAAUCCCGUUGGCCAAGCAGGGCUUGGUUUGAUGUACCUGCAUGGUCGUCACGUUGAAAAGGACGUUAACAAGGCCUUCCAGUACUUCAAUUCGGCCGCUGAUAGAGGCUGGGUUGAUGGUCAUCUCCAACUCGGAAACAUGUACCUCGCUGGAAUGGGUGUCCGUCGUGACUACAAGCUGGCUAUUAAGUACUUUAACCUGGCCUCACAGGCUGGCAACACUUUGGCUAUUUACCAAUUGGCUCAGAUGCACGCUGCUGGAACUGGAAUGAUUCGCUCAUGUCACACUGCAGUGGAGCUUUUUAAAAACGUCGUAGAACGAGGCAAAUGGGCAGAUAAAUUAAUGGAAGCCUAUGCAGAUUAUCGAGACGGACAUGUUAAUGAAGCACUGAUUAAAUAUAUGCUUCUUUCCGAUCUCGGUUACGAAGUGGCCCAGAGCAAUACCGCUUUCAUCCUAGAUCGCAAGGAAACUGAUCUCUUCAACGUGAAUGAGACAAUGGUUCGGGCCCUCCAAUAUCUUGGACGAGCAGCUGCUCAGGGUUACGCCCCUGCUCGCGUUCGUCUAGGUGACUACUAUUACUAUGGCUGGGGUGCCGAAGUAGAUUUUGCAUCGGCCGCUGUCCACUACCGCAUCGCCUCUGACCAAUUGCAUAGCGCUCAAGCUAUGUUUAAUCUCGGAUAUAUGCAUGAGCAAGGAUUAGGAAUGAAACAGGAUAUUCAUUUAGCCAAGAGGUUUUAUGAUAUGGCUGCUGAAGCAAGCACAGAUGCUAAAGUACCUGUAGCUCUUGCUCUUGCCAAAUUGUCAGUUCUCUUUGGGCUUCGAUACAUGACGGAAAAAGAAUGGCAGGAUCUAACGCUCUCGCUAGACCCGGCCACCUAUUUAGGACCAGAUUGGGACUUGUACCUCAUUACAACGUUGCUUGGACUACUAGUACUGGUCGUUUACCUGAGGAGACCUCAGCCUUGAGUACGAAAGAAAUUGUGUAACAU